AUGCAGGUCCCAGGAGUCACCUUGGAAGACUUGCAAGCCUUCCAAGCAGCUCAUUUCCCCGGUCCCCACAAACCAUUGAUUCCCCCAACAACAGAACCCGCGCAAGAUGAAAGUUCUUUCGACGAGGCAGAGGAGGAUUUGGGAUACUACCCCGACGGCGUGAAAAGGACCCUCACUGACGAGCAAAUUCGGAUCUUUCGACACAGUGAGAUCCACGCGCUGUUGCGUGCGCGACAGCUUGAAGAAGAUGAUGCUGAGUACGAAGCGCGUCGACACGCCGCCAAUGACGACGGGGUGGAAAAUAGCCAUGAGGGUGACACGAAGGCUGUGAACGCAAGCGUAAACAUUGCUGGUUCCAAAAGACGGCGCUCCGCUGGCGGGCGAAAGCCCAACACUCAGCGUCCACAAAAUGCUCCUUCUGAUCUCGACUACGAAGCAUCAACUCAAGACACCACAAAGCCCAAACCGGAGAAGCAUGUCGCGUAUCUCGGUCGAAAGAUCGUUUCCUAUGCGGACUGA